AUGUAUAGCUUUCGUAAGUGGCUGUGUAACUCCUUGACCUUCCGACCUCUCAACCUUCCGACCUCUCAACCCUCCGACCUCUCAACCCUCCGACCUCUCAACCCUCCGACCUCUCAACCCUUCGACCUCUCAACCCUCCGACCUCUCAACCCUUCUACCUCUCAACCCUCCGACCUCUCAACCCUCCUACCUCUCAACCCUCCGACCUCUCAACCCUCCGACCUCUCAACCCUCCGACCUCUCAACCCUUCGACCUCUCAACCCUUCUACCUCUCAACCCUUCAACCUCUCAACCUUUCGACCCCUCAGCCCUUCAGCCUCUCAACCCUUCUACCUCUCAACCCUCCGACCUCUCAACCCUUCGACCUCUCAACCCUUCUACCUCUCAACCCUCCGACCUCUCAACCCUCCGACCUCUCAACCCUCCUACCUCUCAACCCUCCGACCUCUCAACCCUUCGACCUCUCAACCCUUCUACCUCUCAACCCUUCGACCUCUCAACCCUUCUACCUCUCAACCCUCCGACCUCUCAACCCUCCUACCUCUCAACCCUCCGACCUCUCAACCCUUCGACCUCUCAACCCUUCUACCUCUCAACCCUUCGACCUCUCAACCCUUCUACCUCUCAACCCUCCGACCUCUCAACCCUUCUACCUCUCAACCCUCCGACCUCUCAACCCUCCUACCUCUCAACCCUCCGACCUCUCAACCCUUCUACCUCUCAACCCUUCAACCUCUCAACCUUUCGACCCCUCAACCCUUCAGCCUCUCAACCUUCCGACCUCUCAACCUUCCGACCUCUCAACCCUCCGACCUCUCAACCUUCCACCUCUCAACCAUCCAACCUCUCAACCCUCCGACCUCUCAACCCUCCGACCUCUCAACCCUCCGACCUCUCAACCUUCCACCUCUCAACCAUCCAACCUCUCAACCCUCUGA